AUGGGUAAAACAUCAAAGGCUACUAAGAAGUUUCAGAGUAAACAUUUGAAUCAUACUUUGGAACACAGAAAGAAAGAAAAGCUUCAAAAACAAAAGAUUAAAGGUCGUCGUGGUAACAAGACUGAAGAAGAAAAGAUCAAGGGUGCUUUAACGAGAGAUGAACAAAAAUUGAAGCAAUCUGCUAAGGAAGAAGUCUUCAAAGAUAUGUCUGUUGAAGAAUAUUUCGACAAAGGAAUCGAACUUCCAAAGGAAAACAAAAAAUCAAAGGCUGCAAGAAAAGCUAAGUCUGCAGGGGAAGAUGAUGGUUCAUCUUCUGAAGAGGAAGAUAUGGCUACCUCUAUGGCUACAUUGUCUAAGAAUGAUCCAGAAUUCUUCAAGUAUUUACAAAAUAAUGAUAAAGGUUUAUUAGACUUCGGUGCUUCUAAUCCAUUGGAUGGAAUUAGUGAUGAUGAGAAUGACAAGGAAGUCGAGAAGACUACAGGUGAUCAACCUCUCCAAAAGAUCGAACUAACACUCACCCUAGUUAGACAAUGGAAGAAAACCCUUCGUGAAAAACCAACUCUAAAGUUAUUAAGAAAUGUUUCUGUGGCUUUCAAAGGUGCCGUUAACAUGAAUAAUGACGAACAUUUAGAGGAAUACAAAUAUACUAUCUCAGAGGAAAAAGCAUUCCAAGAGCUAAUGUUUGUUGCGCUAAAGGACUUACCAACUGCUGUUCAAAAGAUGGUUCCAUACAAGAUCAUAAAGGAUUCCAGAACUCUGCCAUCUAACAAAAAUGUUUCCAAAAUUUCUUCUAUUAUUAAGGCCCACUGUGCUUCUCUAUUGGUAUUAUUAAAUGAUAUCACUAACACCGAAACUGCUGCAAUGGUUCUACAUUCUGUUAACCAGUUCUUACCAUACAUUAUUUCCUACAGAAGAAUCCUGAAAGAAAUCAUUAAAAGUGUUGUCGAAAUAUGGGCAACUAGCAGAGAAGUUGAAACCCAAAUUGCAUCGUUUGCAUUCUUACAUAAUGCCUCCAAGGAAUUCAAGAAGGCCAUGCUUGAAACUGUUUUAAAGUCUACAUAUUCGACUUUUGUUAAAAACAGUCGUAAAACAAAUAUUCGUACUAUGCCAUUGAUUAACUUUCAAAAAAAUUCUGCUGCAGAAUUAUUUGCUAUUGAUGAAUUAUUGAGUUAUCAAGUCGGAUUUGAAUUUAUCAGACAAUUGGCUAUUCAUCUAAGAAAUACCAUGAAUGCAACCACUAAGAAAACUAGCAAAGCUAACCCUGCUGAAGCAUACAAGAUUGUUUACAACUGGCAAUUCUGCCACUCCUUAGAUUUCUGGUCUCGUGUUCUGUCUUUCUCUUGUAAUCCAGAAAAAGAGCAAGGUCAUAUUUCACCAUUAAGAGAAAUGAUUUUCCCAUUGGUCCAAGUAACUAUCGGUGUUACCAGAUUGAUUCCAACCGCUCAAUUUUUCCCAUUAAGAUUCUAUUUGGUUAAAUCCUUAAUUAGAUUAUCCCAAAAUACUGGUGUAUACAUUCCAAUUUUUCCAAUUCUAUCUGAGAUUCUUUCAUCAACUGCCUUCACAAAAGUCCCAAAAAAGAAAGAAAAUUUGGAAGCUUUUGACUUUGACCACAACAUCAAAUGUACUCAAGCCUAUUUGGGAACAAGAGUUUACCAAGAAGGUUUAGCUAGUCAAUUUGUAGAUCUACUUGGUGAAUUUUUUACUCUCUACUGUAAAAGUGUGUCAUUCCCAGAAUUAGUAACACCACCAAUUAUUGUUCUCCGUCGUUAUAUCAAGAAUUCUAAGAAUAUUAAAUUUAACAAACAAUUAUCAAAUAUCGUCGACAAGCUACAACAAAAUUCUAAAUUUAUUGAAGAAAAGAGAUCUGAAAUUGAUUUCAGUCCAAAAAAUAGAAGUGAGGCAAACAGAUUCCUAAAUGACAUUCCUUGGGGAAAAACUCCAUUGGGUGCUUAUGUUGUUGUUCAACGUGAAGUCAGAGACGAAAAGGCCAAGAUUCUAAGAGAAUCUGUAGAAGAAGAUGAUAGAGAGAAGGAGAGAGCUAAAAAGACGGAGGAAGAGGAAUCAGAGGAAGAGGAAGAUGUCGAAAUGUCUGAUUAA